UAUGUUUAUGUCCAAGGUGGAAAUCCAGGAAUAGACUUUGACUUUAAAAGGGUCGUGCAACCUUCCGACACACCGCCUGAGAAUAAAUUUGAAUGGGUGACAUACACGUGGUCCGCCUGUUCCACAACGUGUGGCCAAGGUACAAACUCUUGAACUAGACGCGAGAGUUUAAGAACUGCACGCAUGUGCGUUUCUGCUCUCUUGCGCACGUGUUUCUGUUGUUCUUACGAAGUCCAGGCAAACUAACUGUUUGACUUUUCAUAAUCAAGAUAUACAUUGAAAUAGCUGAUAGUGCUCACUGCUUUUACGAGAAUCUGAACGUUUAGCUGUAAUUUUUUUAAGCUGUGAAUUUAAGUGUGCUUACUUGAGCUCGGCAACAUAGCGAUGAUGGCGAUACCCUCAACAUAGAAGGUGUCACCGUGAAUCCAGAAAAUCUUACGACAUACAUUUGGAAGAACCUUUUUUCUAAAUUCAGGAAGUGCCAGAGAAUCUGGUCACCUCCCAUCACAGGUGAAAUUCGAGUUAAGUUUAAAUUUUCUUUUUUUUUUAACAUAGGGCUGAUGUGUUCUACGAAGUGAAUUGAACAGGAACUAUCAACAUGUUGGAGAGGGUCAAGAUACUUUACCCUCUCCAAGCAGAUACUUGCCUUUUCGAUCAUCUACCCUCUCAUAUCCCACCCUUGCUGGUGGAGUAACUUGACGGUACUGGUUUGCGUUUUCGCUUGCAGGUGUUCGUACACGCUCAGCGAGAUGUAUUCGGUCAGAUGACAAAACACCCGCCAGCGAUGAAGCUUGUGGAGAGAAAAUUACAAGUGAAUCAUGCCAGGUCAAGGACUGUCCCUCGGAGUAAGAGCAAUGCAUUUCUUUGACAAUAGACUACUGUGUUAAAUACAGAGCUAAUGGUUUACUUCUCACUAACGUGAGUUUGGGUUGAGUCAUUUUGGCUAACGCCUUCAGAAGCGUUCUUCAAUGGAUUAGAGAGGGUGCUACUGCACUGAGUCUGCUCAGUGUUAAAUCGAUCAGAAUCGAUCAGAGAUAGAAAUUUUGAGUACGUAGAAGGUAUUUUGGGAGUCUUCUCGGUAUGAAAUUGAACAGAAUCGAUUAGAUAUAGAAAUUUUUAGUACGUAGAUCUUACCGUUGCUGUGAAUAGUCCAUUGCGAUAGAUUAACCUGCAGUCGUUCGACUUUUGACGUAGAAAGAGAAGCCUGAGCGCCACGGUCUUGUGUCUAUAUUAACUAUAUAAGUAACUCAAGAAUUUUUGCUUUCAGAUGGCACACCACUGAUUGGUCAACAUGCUCCAGAUCAUGUGGCAAUGGGUUGCAGACACGCGAUGUCAUCUGCCGUAAGAAGAUCAACCCUACAGAGUAUGGACCAAGCACAAACUGUCCUGCUGAUCAAAAACCCAGCAUUUCUGAGAAUGUUCGAUAUUGUAACAGCAUCGAUUGCUUGGCUGAUUGGGACACUCAAGAGGGGCUACUGGUAAGUGCCUCCAAUUUUUAGAGGAUCUUUCAAUCGAUCAUUUUCAAUUUAUGUAUCAGGAAGUAUGAGAUAUUAUGACGUCAAGUUAAAAGUCAUCCUGAAAAUGAACGUUUAUUUCUCUUAAGAAUCACGAGAGUAGCUCUAUGUGUUGAACUUCUUCUAACGUCGCCAGAACUCCCUUUCAGCAUGAUAUGUCAAUGGAGCGUUAAGUAGAAACGUGAACGAUUUUCUAUGGGGUUCCCAACCUCAGACUCGGAAAAAUGUUUUAUUUUCUCUUCUUAUUUUGCUUAAAUUGUUUGAAAAAUGUACAAAGUUUUAAUGCAAGGACGUGCAGAGGUAUUGCUUUUUAGAUAUUUGUAUUCCGCUGCGUUCUCGUUUCACUGUUAGGGUUUUCUGAAAGUCUUGUAAAGACUCAUUACGUUCUUGCUUCGGUAUUGUCAGCUAGCAGGCAGUUGCUGCAAAAUUGUGAAUGAGGAGCAGUUUUUAACACUCGUUCAUACAUUUUGUGGGAAGUUUAUUACCUGACAACGAUUCUAGUCAAUCCAGACUGAUCGCAUAUGACUUUAGCGUACAACAGAGGGGGCUUUUCGUAAUAGCCAGAUGUCUUUGGUAGGUGUUAGUUUGAGGUCUCAGUGUCCGCCGGGCCGGGGUUGAGUUUGCCUGUCUUCUUUCUUCCACUUUCAUCGAUUCAAAGUUAUUCUUAUAUUUUUCUCUGUUGGUCUGCCUUGUGCCCUCAGUGUAGGGUGAAGGCAAUCCCAGAAUCACUUGCUCCAGCCUCAGCCAGCCGGCUAAACCAGUUGUUUUGUUCUUCGCUUUGGUUAAAUUUUCGUUAAGUUUCCAUUUUCCACUUUAGCCGAAUGGUUUCUCCCCUCGCUACAACACUCAUUCUUACCAGAAGGCCUGUAUCUUUCCUCUUCCUUUACAGAGAGACAAAUGCGGGGAGCCAAUUGAUCCAGCGACGCUCUCUUGUUACCGAUUGGAUCAGUUUGGCCAAAAAGCCAUGGUUCCGAAUCUUUUAUGUAGGUACAGAGCUAAGCCGACACGUCUCCCAUGUACAACUACAUCAUAUCGUUCACAAUCAUAUCAACAUCAAUAUGCAAUAUUUACCAGCGUAUUGGUUCCUGUGCUUCAGAUGUUGCUGGAGUAUUAUAAUUUGGGAUAG